UGGCUACGUGCGCGUCACGGCGCGACGUCGUGAUGUCACAGUCUUGCGAGAAGUGAGACGAGACUUGUGACGUCGAGAUUAGCUGUUCGGCAGGAGUCAAGGAGCUGGAUUCUUUGGAUCUGCAGAUCUGUCAGAGGACACCCAGGAAUAGCUUGUAUGGCUGUGAAGUGUUACCUAGUUCAGCCCACUUGCCCUUCUCAGUGCCUCUGUGCUAGCUCUGGAAGACAUUUGUUGUGUUGGAGCCAUGGAGAUGCCGUCAUAUUAUACCAAACUCCUUGGGGAACUGAAUGAACAGAGGAAGAGGGAUUUCUUCUGUGACUGCAGCAUAAUUGUAGAGGGCCGAAUUUUCAAAGCCCACAGGAAUGUUUUGUUUGCCAACAGUGGUUAUUUUCGAGCCAUGCUUGUUCACUAUAUUCAGGACAGUGGGAGACACAGUACAGCCUCUUUGGAUAUUGUCACAUCAGAGGCAUUCUCCACCAUCCUGGACUUCCUUUAUUCAGGCAAGCUGAACCUGUGUGGAGAAAAUGUGAUCGAAGUCAUGAGUGCUGCUAGUUAUCUGCAGAUGACAGAUGUUGUCAACUUCUGUAAAGUCUUUAUUCGCUCUUCAUUGGAUAUAUGCCGAAAGAUUGAGAAGGAAAGUUCUUUUGGACAGGCAGACAGUGGCAGUGAUGGCCUAAAUAGUGGAAGAGAUGCAGAGCUGGGGGAUUCGCCUGAGAAAGAAAAUGAUAGUGACUGCCAGAAAGAUCCACCCCGUGGCGACUGCAGUAGUUGUAACUCUGUAGAGCUGUUGGUAAAAGAUCACCCAACAGAAGGGUCCCCUGAAAGUAAAAGUCCCAACAAAGCAGUAGAACCAAAAGAGGAAUUUGACUCUGAUGUUGUGGAGGUGUCAGAGGGUGUACAAACCUACCAUAUUCCUACAGACCUGGAGCAGGGAGAUGAAGGCCUGCAUGCAGCAUCUGGAGUUGACAUUGCAUGCAAUAACUACCACAUGAAGCAAUUUCUUGAGGCUCUUUUGAGAAACAGUUCUUCCCAGAGGAAGGAAGAUCCAGUGCAUCAUUUUCCUCGUGACUUCGAGUCUCGACAAGAUGAAGCAGGUGUCCCAAUGAGCUCUAUGAUGGAUAUUCAGGGAGACUGGUAUGGGGAAGAAACAGGAGAUGUCCUAGUUGUUCCUAUCAAGCUGCACAAGUGUCCGUUCUGUCCAUAUACAGCCAAGCAGAAAGGGAUCCUAAAACGCCACAUCCGCUCACACACUGGGGAACGGCCUUAUCCCUGUGAGAUAUGUGGGAAGAGGUUCACCCGACAAGAGCAUCUGCGAAGCCAUGCACUGACUGUCCACCGUUCUAAUCGACCAAUCAUAUGUAAAGGUUGUCGGCGUACUUUCACCAGUAGUUUAUCUCCAGGCUUGAGACGUUUUGGUUUGUGUGACAGUUGCACCUGUGUCACCACCACACAUGAUGACUCCAACCAGCCAGGUCACCAGGAAGCUGCUUCUGAAAGUAUGGACAAGGAAGAGGUGGAUGGAGACUGGCCGAUCUACAUUGAGUCUGGAGAUGAGAAUGAAGGGCCUGAAGAGGAGGAGAUUGAUGAUAAAGAUCAAAUCCACAGAGAGGUGCUAAUGUGACCACCGUACUCUAAGAAUGUGUGAAGGACUCUCAUCACUUUAGUCAAGACCGUUUAACAUCAAAUUUGCAGGAAAACUUUUCUACUUCCUCAUAAUGUGUGGGAAGUGACACAUCUACAUCACUGUAUAGUGCGAUUCUUGCUCUAUAAAUUUGAGAAGCCUAAGUGAAGGACUUUUAUCACCAUAAAACAGACCAUUUAUUAUGAGUUUUGCAGAAAGACUUUUCUCUGUCCCCUUCACCAAUAUACCAGGUUGCACGUUGCACAUCUGAUUUAGUGUGUAAUGUGCUUCUUGCUCUUGCAGAGAAUUGAAGAAACUUUUAUGCAUACUAUUCCACAUUUUAGUGCUGUGCACUAAACCCAUGUGUAGUUUGUGACUUUUUAUCAUUUCUAACACUUGUGCUAGUUUUACUUGUGCGACAAAUACAUUGCCAAAUUCUAACUGCAUACUUAGCAGAAUGUCUGCACCCUGGUACAGAACAUUGUGACAAUUCCUCUGCUGUAGAUGUCCUUAUACUUCUGUUCCCAAGUACUCAGUGACUUAUGUCUUUGACUGCAGCUCUCCAGUGCAUGGACUGGUGGUUUGGCAGUGGCCCCAAUUUCCACCUUAAUCCCUUAAUAUUUGGAGUACAAUAUUCUGCAGCCCAGGUGCACAUUAUGCAGGACUUUCACCUUUAAUCUCCUACUCUAUCACAGUUAAUUAAAGGUUCUAUAAACUCACCAUCCCAUAACAAGGUAAAGUAGACCUAUAGGCAUAUACUGCCUGAACUGGAUAUAACUGAAUUAUAGUGUAUUGAGUUUUUUGAACACACACUGAUAUUACAGCCUUAGGGUGAAGGCAGACGAAAUGUUAAUCCGCUUCUUACACGCUUACUUGCAAAGGCAGAAAAGGAAUCUCUCUCUCUUUCUGCAUUGACCUCAUUGUAGGGCUUGCACACUUUUAGACAUCUCAUACUGGAAGAUCACAGAUAUGUUUCACACCAGAAUCCUUAUUUAUUUAGUUAUAUAACAAAAUUAUGUCUUAGUACUGUAUACAGAACUUCAUGGAAAAUCAGAUAGGUGCUGUGUUGUUGGCAAUAUUAAAUUUUAACAGUUGAUACAGUACGCAAAAUGUCUUCAAGUGCACUUAAAGUAUACAGCCUGCUUUCAGAAGUAUGGGAAUCAAGGCAGUUUAACAACAGAGUGCUGGCUUGCACAGUAUAAUCUUUGCCACAGCAUGCUGGAAUAAUUCCUUGUACUUUAGUUCAUUCCUGGUGGUUAAGGCAGAUGGAAGGUUAGGCUUACCCAGUCAUUGUAUUCCAGAAAUGCCUGAAACUUGUGUCAAUCCUUUAUGAACCCACACCUCUUUCAAUUGAGUGUACUGUGGAAUUAUUGACAUUUAUCAACAAAUUAUUGUUGACAUUGACUCCCCCAUGUAAACAUGUUCCACAUGUACUUUAUAGUGACCUAAUUCAUUGUAAAUAGGCCUCUGGUUUAAUCAACCAUCUCACAUUUUCUUUAGCAGUUGCAGCUCUCACUUUUGAAAAUAGUUGCUAUUAUCCGGUUUUAGUAAAAAAAAAAAACUUUUCCUUUAAAUCCUGAUAUACUCAUCUUUAGGUUUAGCUUUUCCCAUUUUAGAUUUUACAUAGGGAUAGGGGUCAUACAGGAUGCAUAAUACUGAUAGAUAUGCAUUUUUGUUCAAGUAAUUUAAACAUUUUUUUACCCCCUAACAUUUCUGUAAGCAGUGAAAGCUCUGUGAUAACUUGCAGCAACUGGAAUGCCUCCCUUUUACUCAUUUAUUAUUAACACAUUAAGCUAAAAGGUGUAAGUUCAGCACCAUUAGCUGAAGAUCUAUGGUAAACAAUUUGAGGAGAAAUAGAAUAUGUUUUUAAUGUCUUUUAUUAACUUUUAGCACAAACAGUAGCAAUUGCCUUGUCCUUUAUGUGAUUUUUUUGGGGGUUAUUUCCUGACAUUGAAUAAAAAUAUAGGCAAAGGCGGCACAGUGCAUUUCCUAGGAAUUUAGCCUGCCUUGCAGGACUAGGAAACAUAUGAUAGCACAACAUUCAGGGACAAAACAACACACAGAUAACAUAAAGAUCUGCUGAUAGCAAAACCAUGUUUGCAGUUGUCAGUCACUUUAUAUUUCCCAGAAGGCCAAAGUAACUUGCCCCAUACUAUCCCCCUUGCCUAUUCAGAUCUCAGAUCUGGGUUUCUAUAGCAUAGACAGGGCUGUGACCAAGACAAAACAGGAUUGUCCUGUUGGAGCUGAUGAACUUUGGGUGAUGUAAGUCAUGUGGCCUGGGCCCUCUACAAGUCUUUUUUAUUUCUUGCUCCCUCUAUAGUUGCUUCUUUUGUAACUUCUCUUUAUAACUGACAAGAGCAGAUGGGUGACAUCUUAACCUUCCCCUGUUCUUGUGCAACAAGCUAAGUUUAAUUGGCGAUAUGUGGACCGAUUUGAAUUGUAAAUAAGGUUUUGAGUAGCUGUGUCAUUAUUAUACUAUUGCUAUUACCUAAUGCAUGUUAUGUUGGGACUGAACUGAUAAUUAAAAAGAAUGGUACCAACCUUUAUUAGACAA